AUGCACAUUGUCGAUAACAUAAUAUAUUCUAUUUGGGAUAAUCGCAAUCAAAUAUUAUUGGGUGCUUUCGAUCUCACUAAGAACACCAAUUACGAAAGGCGUUACACAGCCGAAAAUAUAAUUUUGCACCAAAAUUUUGAUCUAGAAGAGUUGUUUAAUGAUAUAGCACUUAUCGAAUUGGAUAAAGUGUUCAUUCCAAAUAGGGAAGGACGGAUCAAUUUUGCUUGUUUACCAACUUUCAAUGAAUCUUGCAAUGAAUACCAUGGUUAUGAGGGCUACAUUGCCGGUUGGGGAAAAUAUCGGAAUAAUAAUUUUUUAUCCUCUACCUCCAAUACAUUGAGAAAGGCUACUGUACCUAUUGUCAACAACACUGAAUGUAGAAAGAUGUACAAUAACGAGAACUUUCAAACAUCUUAUAUAUGCGCCGGUUAUUUACGAGGCAAAAAGGAUAGUUGCGCUGGUGAUUCUGGAGGUCCACUGGUAGUUAAAGUUAAAAACAACAACAAUGAAUCGAUUUUCAAGCAGAUUGGCGUGGCAUCUUGGGGUUAUGAGUGUGGCGAGCCCUUAAGGCCUGGGGUUUAUACAUGUCUUACAUCUUAUCUUAGCUGGAUAAAUUCUAAAAUUAAUCCUAAGAUAGCUAAAUACAAACGAGAUUACAAGCAACAAAACUCGAUAAUAUAA